GAGAUGUUCUGAAAGCUGAGGAGGAGCGCACAAACAUCAUUAGAGGUGUUGAUGACACGUCAGUCAUACUUAAAUAAAGAAGCAUCAGACACGUUCACGUCACUCACUGGACGGACGAUGCGUUUUACAGUUACAGUACACUAGUAAAAGAUCCACUGCUUUUACUCACCAGAAUCAGCAGGAAAUGAGUUCUGCUCUCAUUCAUGACAAACUAUUUAUCAAGACAUUCUGGGAGCAGAAGAUUGUCAAUCACAAUCACAUGUCAGACGUCGAGGAUCAGAGAAUGAAGGGCAGCGCGCUCACGAGGCUGCGUGAUGAAUGGCUCCAGAGGCUGGAGACUCGUACAAAACAUCUGAAGAAUUUCAGCGACAACCGCGGCCCAAAGUUGACCACUGCCUAAAGAAGAGAUGGCACUGAUGCGUGCCAUCCACCACAUGAGCUCAAUAAACAGAGAU